UUGUCCUGAAUGUGGGGAUUUGAUACUGAUGAGGCAUGAUGAGGAUCCUUUGAUGAAUGUGAACUUGCAUAUAAACGAAGAGUGCAAGAAAUCGAGUGGAGGUCAAAACAAGAAACCACACCUUCAUUCUGCACCAGUAAAUUACGAGAUGCAAAAGCAGAGGUUUCGUUACAAACAAAGUGCUACCGGAAAUGGUUUAAAUGGUAGAGAUUUCCUCAGUUCAGGUCAACAAAAAGUGUCACAACAUAAUCUGAGUACAGAUAGACGCAGUUCACGAGGGGAAAUAACAGAUUUCUACCAAGCAUUGGAGAUUGGGGAAGAAGAAGCAACAGCUGAUGAACUACGAGAAUCUCUCAAUUUUUUCCUGAAACGUCCACCAGUUAACAGACCACAUAAGAUUGUAGUAAGGAAUCAGCCACCUGAAAAGACAGCACUAGAUUGCCAGGUUAACGUGCAUAUGAACUACAUGAAAGUAAAGACACGAUCUGAAAGAAACACCCAGCCACCACAAGCUAGUCAGGUUGUUUACUGUGAGAACUGUAAACAUGGCUUCUGUUUUGUACAUCGGGUGAGAGACUUACUCAAGCUAUCAGGAUCCAACAAUCAGAGAGCCCAUACUUGUAGUUCACGGGGGAGAAUAAGAGAUUUCUACCAAGCAUUGGAGAUUGCGGAAGAAGAAGCAACAGCUGAUGAACUACGAGAAUAUCCCAACUCUGUCUUGAAACGCCCACCAGUUAAAAUACCACACAAGCUGUGUGGUCGAUAACAGAGUACUGGAACAGAGCUAUCCUAGCAUCUAUAUUAAUUUAAAUUAGCAGGAACAAUGUGGGAAAUUGGACCCAACUCCCGAUGUAUUUUACUUCAGCAGUGGUGAUACCACAACCUCGUUAUAAUGCUAUAAUGCUAGCUGUACUCUUAGUGGUGAACAUGAAGUUACUUUCAUUUGAGCCCAGCUGUCCAGUAUUAUUAUAAUAUUGGGAAUAUAUUAUAUGAUUACUAGAAACCCGCAAGUCGAAAGCUUUGCUCGAGGAAAUUUGUAAAAUCAGUUUUUUAUUGUGUUUAUUUCUCUUUAUCAUCUAGCUUUGUACUGUAGAAAUU